AGUCUAAAUCCUAUAUUCAAGAUCGUCCUAAGUGUGAUCUUGAGAAGCUAUACGUCCCGUUGGUCGAAUGAAGAUCUCGGACGCCCAAGAUUGGAACAAUUCUAAAAUUCUCCAUUCCGGAGCCUUUUCCAGCUCGGCGGGAUUUAAAUCCGCGCUCGAGCGUUCCUAUAUCUCGCGAGAGGCUCGCGAAUCGAUAGUUGACCGCAUCAGCUGUUCUCGCCUUCCCCCCUCCCUCCCUUAAGGUCGCCACCUCGCUACCUGUGUCGUCACGGCCAUAUUAGGCACGCGUACAGGAGACGGAAGGAAUGAGGACGUUCCGCGAUAAAUGAGGCUCUCCUGAAGGCUCUCGAGGUCUCUUCUCGGCUGCGCUACGGGAGUCUACCCGCCCCCCGCCCCGGUCGGUGGAUCGCGAGCGACAAUCCGCGAAGCAUGGCAUGGCACUGCAACGGCACUACGAACCAAGAGAUGGUGACCAAGCUGAAAGAUGCUGGCAUACUGGCAGCGGACAGCGCGGAAGCCGCCAUGGUCGCUGUUGACAGAGCCAAAUACUGCCACGAGCCGGACCCUUAUCUCGAUCGUCCCCGAAGAAUCGGUUACAACGUGACCAUCAGCGCGCCGCAUAUGCAUGCAUACGCGCUGUCUAUCCUCUCCGAUCAGCUCGUCGACGGCGCCAAGGCACUUGACGUCGGUUCUGGCUCGGGCUACCUGUCCGCAUGCAUGGCGUUCAUGGUAGGCUCGCACGGACGCGUAGUAGGCAUCGAGCAUAUUCCCGAGCUCAUAGAGAUCUCGACUAGGAACGUGCGCGAGGACAAUCCGCACUUCCUCAAGGAGGACCGCAUCAAAUUUGUGGUGGGAGACGGCAGAUUGGGACACGCUGCUGACGGCCCUUACAACGCUAUACACGUUGGAGCAGCGGCCGAAACUUUACCGCAGACGUUGAUAGACCAACUGGCUCCCGGAGGUCGACUGAUCUGCCCGGUCGUGGCGAUAGAAGGUUUCCAAAGGUUUCAAGACCUGCUGCAGGUGGACAAGAGCACAGACGGCACGGUCACGAAGAAGAAACUGAUGCAAGUCUCUUACGUUCCUCUCACGGAUCCUACCACUCAGUUACGUAAUUAGAGUCGUUAAGGUGAGGUGUCUCACGGUGGAGAGAAACGCAAAAGAGUUUCUCGAGCGGACAGAAUUAAAAACGAUCGCGUACGAACUCGAUUGAUUAACGAUAAUCAGAACUCUUGUAACUCCACGAACUAAUUUCUUUUCCACGCAUGCAUAGAUAUAUGGAGUGCACGUCGUCUUCGAUUGGGAAUAUAUCAAUAAACUAUAUAUAUUUUGUA